AUGCGUGUUCUCGUUAUUGGUGGCAAUGGACAGACUGGUCGUCUCGUUAUCGAUGAAGCAUUACAGCGCGGCCACAAGAUUACAGCCUUGAUUCGGAAUCCCUCUGCACUUCCAGCCAUGGAAGGCUUGAACAUCGUAAAGGGCACACCAGUGGAACCUUCGAACAUCGAAAGCGCUUUCAACGCAGUCCAAGGCGACCUCCCUACUGCUGUGAUCGUCACGCUUUCAUCCCCGAAAGAAAAGGGGACUCGAGUCAUGUCUAACGCGCACGAAAACCUCGUCGCUGCGAUGAAGAGGCAUGGCGUUUCCAAAAUUGCGACAAUGUCUUCAUUUGGGGUUGGGUCUUCUUUCGCCAAUAUUACUGUGAUUAUGAGAUGGGCAAUUUCCAACACCGGCCUUGGGCAUCCAUUCGCAGAUCAUAAUCAUGUCGAUGAAAUACUCAAGAGGAGCGGAUUGAAAUUCGUGGUGUUAAGGCCAGCGAGACUGACUAUGGCAAAAAAAGCACCCGUUCAGUUCCUUGGCGACGAUGGGAAAGGACUCGGUAUUUUCGCGGGUCUGGGGGGGAUCUCGAGGGCUAGUGUGGCGGCGUGUCUGGUGGAUGCUGUUGAGAAGAGCACCUGGGAUCGAAGCACUCCUGUGAUAUCGAACUGA